CCCUACUGACCCCGGGCAGUGCCUGAGUGCUCGAAUGGUCAGUCCGCCCCUGCGUCUCGCGCAUGCGCAUCUCUGUUCAUCUCCUGUACUGUCUGCAAUCUCUUGGUCAUCUCAUGUACUGUCUGCAGUCUCUUGGUCAUCUCCUGUACUGUGUCCGCAGUCCCUGGUCAUCUCCUGUACUAUGUCCGCAGUCUCUGGUCAUCUCUUGUACUGUGUCCGCAGUCUCUGGUCAUCUCCUGUACUGUGUCCGCAGUCUCUGGUCAUCUCCUGUGCUGUGUCCGCAGUCUCUGGUCAUCUCUUGUACUAUGUCCGCAGUCUUUGGUCAUCUCCUGUACUGUGUCCGCAGUCUCUGGUCAUCUUCUGUACUUUGUCCGCAGUCUCUGGUCAUUCCCUGUACUGUGUCCGCAGUCUCUGUUUAUCUCCUGUACUAUGUUCGCAGUCUGAUCAUCUCCUGUACUAUGUCCGCAGUCUCUGGUCAUCUCCUGUAGUAGGUCCGCAGUCUCUGGUCAUCUCC